GAAAGGACUGAGCUCGGUUCCCUUCGGGAGGAAGACGCUUCCUGUGAGUAGAUCACUUGCAUCACACGAUGCGUCAGUUGCCUUUUACAGAUCGUAGUGACAGGAGCGAGCAACAUUGGCUCAGAAUUGCGCAGUGUCCCCCUAGCCGCAGCUUGCCACUAUGUGCUGAGGUCCAAGUGUGGCCGUAAUCGCUCGCCGAUUUGUGCUUCCUUUUCAUGGACAACGCCGCGGCGCACUCAGCAGUGUCAAUGCCGCCGCCGAGAAACUGUCUGCCAAGGAAUUACAGCUGCAUGGCCGUGUUAUUUGGAGGCACGGUGACCGAUAAGAAGGAAGAAUGGGAAUCUGAGAAGGAGGAACCACCAGAAGUUCCGGAAAUUCAAGUAAUUGAGGAGAGACCCCGAGGAAGAGAGACCGUCUUCAAACCCCAGAGCCCCACUUUAAGACGGAGAGCCAAGUCUCUACCGGCGCCGACAGAAAGGGCUAAACUUGAAAUAUCAAGGGCACGGAGCCCUUCCAGCCAGAAGAAGGUCCGCUUCGCAGACUCGCUGGGACUGGAGCUUAUCUCGGUAAAGCAUUUUUGUCACGCCGAUGUCCCGGAGGUUCCUCGCCACGUCAUGGCCAGGUUGCAAGGCGAAACACCGCCUAACCACCUGAAUAAGCUGGACAUGUUUUUCCGAGUGCCCGCGCAAUCUACCUUUCUGGAGACCCAGUUCCCCAAUCCGUGUCAGUCGUCCGAUUUCCUAGAACAGGUGCGAACCAUGAAUGUGUGCCUGGAGAAAGUGGAAACGAGUGACUUUUGCCUGAGUGGACUGAUCCGUGUUCUGAAUGUGGCUUUCGAGAAAGGCGUCACGGUGCGCUACACAUUGAACAACUGGGUGUCCUUCGUGGACGUGGCAGCUACAUACGUACCGGACUCCAGUGAAGACGACACGGAUCAAUUCGCCUUCAGAUUGGUCAUUCCCACUUUGAUUGAAACAGGGGGUACCAUGCAGUUCGCCAUCAAGUACUGCGUUGGGGGCAGUGAGUACUGGGACAACAACGGGGGCAGCAAUUACAAGGUAAGGAGCCACAGGUUCAGGAUGUCGCCCCCGAAGGAAUGGGAGAGUGCGUGGAUUCACUUCAUCUGAUCCCAGAUUCACCGGUCUUUUUCCCUUUUUUGGCUGUCAGAAGGGACAACUGCAAAUGGCAUUUUUUUGCUACAUACUUCCAUUUUAACGAUAGCACUAAAUGUGUGUCAUAAGACGGGAUGCCCAAUACUUGACAAAUGUGUAGUAAUGCUGAUUUAAUUUAAACUUGCGAUUGUUUAGUAGAUCCCUUCUACGUUAUACCUGUGACGGAGAAGGGGCGGGACCAGACUGCAUCCGAGCUAUGGUAAAGUGUGGACACUUUCUACUUGAAGCACUACUGCCGCAGAAAAGCCGACUCCAGUAUGGCGCCCAUGAUAUAAGGUCAUUGGGUUAAAGACACACGCAGUCGGAGACAUAGAAGGAGGGAAUCACGACUUAUAUUUUUUAGCACUGAAUAUUUUUAGAAUUCCCUUAGAAUAAUGUAUUUAUUUGUGUGUGCUUGUUCUACAAACCCCAGUUCUUAAUACAUAUGUAUUUGUAAUUGGGUAGGAGGAUGAAUAAUUUUAUCAGUAAUUUCAAAUAUAUUUUUUUUCUCCUAGGAUUUUAUUUUUUGACUUGAUAAAUAUUUAUUAUAACAUUUAAAAUGGAGCACUUCACUGGCUAGUUUUGCGUAUACGUAAAUGUUUACUUGCAAAUUUUUUUAUCGACGUGAAUCUGUUCAACUCCUUUUGUUUGAGAAGCCAGCAUCCAGUGCAGUUUAUUUUGGAAUUUGGUGUAACAGCUCGAUUUCAGUCUAAAAUGAUAUCCGUGCAAUUUAUAAGGAUGUGUAAAGUGUAUGUGUCUGUUUUAGUAUACCUCUAAGUCUUUCACGUUUGUGGUGUUUGAAUGCAAAAAAUGCAAUUAUUGGUUAUGGAAGUGUUUUCAUUUUUAUAUUCUUCAACAUCUAUCUUUCAUUUAUUUAACAAGUAUUUUUUUUUACGAUCUUGUGCAAUGUGUGGCUUAAAUGUAAUUUUUAAAUUAAUUGGCUCUUUUGCAAAUAUUCAGAAGUGUUUUAAAUGUGCAUUUCAAAUAAUAAAAACCCAGAAAAGCACGGGCAUCAAGAUCCAAAAAAAAAAGAAAAACUUGUCCUGUUGCAGCUGCCUCAUCUUUCUGAAUGUAAUGCAAACCAGCACCAAAAACAUUAUUGUUACUAUUAUCAUUAUUAAUGCAUGUAGAACAAGGAAUACUGUACUUGAAUAUAACACUACCACAACAGAAGUGUGUGUUUGUCUUCAGAACACACCAAGCAAAGACCUCGUUUAUAAAGCAGUCAGUCCUCUGUGGUUUGUGUUUGUACUUUCUGUGAACUGAAUGGAUGCGCUGCUAUAUAUAUAUAUAUAUAUAUAUAUAUUUUUUUUUUAUUUGCCAAAUGUAUGUAGUUUAUAUCAACCAAAAAUAUAGGCAGUUGUCUGCAUAUGAAGUGGUUGCUUCCCACUAGGCCUUUUAAUGUCAUUCUUAUUUUACUUAAUAAUUUUAUAGUUUUCCAUCAGAUGCAAAAUGACACAAUGAGAUUAAUUACAGGAAUUAUUUUUGGAAGAUCUUGAUUUGUGACAAUAAAUAGUUUAAACUACUAUUAGUUGUGAUAGACAACAGGGCUAUUUGCAAGGUAAUAAUGACAGUAUGUAAUUCUUUAGUUCAUUAAUUUUUAGAAAUGUGUUUGUGGGAAGUAUGAAUUUUCAGGUAUAUGAUACAUACAGAAAAACAAAUAUGUAUUUAAAUGUAUUUAUUUUUAAAGCUUCAUUAUAGCAACACCAAAAGGCUACUUUGUUAAUAGAGAAUAUAUUUAAUUUUGUAGAGUAAUGACAAACAUACCAAAUGUGGCCUUUAUUGCUGAAAGAUGUAUUGAAUAAUUAUGUUCAUUUAUUAUGGUUAUUGCUGUAAUUGUUCAGCUAGCAGGAGCUAAUAUACUUCUGACUUUACUCAUGUAGAGUAUACCAGAUAAAAAGCCAUUGUAACACCUUGUUGAGUAUGUUUUUUAAAAAAUAUUUCCAAUUGAAUCACACCCUUUUUUGUUAGCUUAAGAAAAUAAAGUGUACAGUUUAACAAACAAUGCACAUAACUGUAUAUAAUUCCUUGAAAAAAGAAAUUGUUUUCCAUUAGAAAUAACACAUGCUCCAUAUGGCAUAUAUAAUGGAGAUUUACUAUUAUUAAAUAAAAAGUUAUAUUAAUAAUUAAGUGUAUAUAUUUUUCAAACAUUUUAAUAUUUUUCAGAGCAUAUAAUGGUAUUGCUUUGGGUUACUGUUAUUUUUUUUCUUUUGUACUUUUUGACUGUACAUAUUUCUUUGAAUGCAAUAAUGGUCCAUUAUUUUAUACAGCUGAUAGAGUUACAAAAAAUUCAGUUUAAAUAUCAUUCAUAAGUUAAUUGGUGGUGGCAAUUUUUGGAGCUCUUGUCUUCUGUACAUUUCUUAGUCAUUUAUUAUCUUAUCAGUAACGGAUAAACAUUACUAAACAGUUAAUGGACAGAAAGGCAAUUCAGAUCAACCCACUUCAAACUGAGUUGUAUCUGAUGUUGGUUACUAAAGUAUUUUAAAUAUGUGUUAUUGUUAACUGUAUACUUGGUGUACUUUAUGAUAAUCAGUCAAUGUUGAUCUCUGUAUGCCGUCAUAGUAUGUAGAGGUGUAAAACUGCUGAGUACCCUAAAUUCUCGUUUUAUUGAGAAAUUUACAACUGAAAGUAAGUUGGAUAGCAUUUCGAUAUUUAUUAAAGUUUUACAAUUCCAAUGCAAUUGGAUUUGCUGCUAUGUUGUGGGAACAUCCUGUUGUUUCCCAACUUAUUCAUGAUUCCUAAGUUUACCUACUUAAUCAAUUAAACGUAACAUAUACUAGAAAUGUUGCUUGUUACACAAGAUUUGUUAAACAUGUGACAUUCAAACAGCCUUAAACAUUCAGGACUUACUAUGUUUGUGUGGAUAUCUAUUCAUUUCCAGAACCUGCUUAAUUUGAUUUAGGAUCUAACAGUGCUGGAGACUGUCCCAGCAGUGUUGGACACAAUGCAAGAGCUAACCCUCAGACAGGGCAGUUUGUGUGGGUAUUUUCUUAAUGUUUGUUCCAAUACUGCUAGAAACACAUGGCCAUGUAAACAAGCAGGUGUUUAAAAUUAAGGUUAUAACACUGGAUUGAAAAAAGACUUCACUUAUACACAUGAAAACAUACUGAGAUAUGAUUCAUAAACCUGAGCCUCAUUUCCAAGGUCACUUGAAGAUAAUAAAAUGAUGCUUUAUUAUAAUAAUAUCCUAGGUAGGUUUAUACAUGCAGAAUAUUUAACAACUGCCAGUUAUUAAUGAAGAAAAAAUAUGUUCUAGAGUAGUAAUACAUGAAAAUUAUAUAUGUGUUUAAUAACUAAUUAGUCCUUUUUCAUACACUGCAUCUAGUUUUUUAUGUGGACACACUGGAAGAUCUUGUAGAAUCUGCCACUUGUAAAACACAGCAGAACUGUGUGAGCAGACAGCAAAGAAGGGCUAGGUAGUCAGCAAGGUCCCGCUUAUUUUUGAUGUUCUGGAUAGGCUAUUGGGGGACAAGUAAAGGAAAACAUACGACAGUUUAACAAGGCACUUGUCCUGCCCGUUUUCUUUCUCUCUUCCUUCAGUCAUAUUCCUCAAUAUGCUGGGUUUUCAGACUUACAUUAAAGUUGAAAAGGAAGAUCUUGUAGAAGUACUGAAGGCCUGAACCAAGAAUCAGGGGCUCCACAAGCCAGUUAGACAAAUAAUGUAAAACUCUAGCUAUUCAUGUGUCUCCUGGUAUGUAGUCAUCAUUGGAGAAGAUAGGUGGUCACUUGUGUGACAAUAUUAAAAUAAACAUUUCAUUGGGUUUCAUAACUUUUGAAAUGCUGCAAGGAAAUAAUUGUUACCAUAUUUUCUAAAUAUGAAUUUAGAAUUUACUAAUUUUGUAGUGAUUGAUCCCUUAUCUUAUGCAGUCUCUUUUAAUCCAGGUGUUCAUGUCAUGAAUUGUAUACUGGUCUCUGAAAGGCAGUUAUAUACGUCUGUUUUGUGUUGUAAGGAACAGUAUAAUGCAAAUAGGAGUUUAAAAGAACUACCUGCAUUUGCCUUGAUUGAGGUAUAAUGUCUGGCUUUUCCUAUUAUGGAUUCAUUUCAAUCCUCUGCUUUAGUUAUUAUUAAUGGCGUGAUUCUGUUGUUAAGAAAAUGAUCAGAUAAUGUCUGCUUAUUGUGAAUAAGUCUACUGUAUUGUAUGUGAGCAAUUCAGAAAUGUCAUUUAUAAUGCCACAGGAAAAAUAAGAUGUCCUGAAAAAUGGUUUACCUUUGCAAACUUUAAUUUUCAGAUUUCUUGUGUUUAAUUUAUAUGUCCAACUACUGGAGGCUUUUCUUGCUGAAUGCUGUAAUGGCCGUGCUUUUUGUGUCAAUAUUGUUGAUAUAGCAAAUAUGUUAUAUUACAGACCGACACUGUGCAAUAAUUUAGCCACAUUCUGUGCUUUGUAACAUUUUAAUUCCAGGAGUCAUUACUAGCUCUUUCAACUUCAUUUUUUAAGUGUCAUUUUCAACUUCUGAUGGCAAUAGCAAUUGAAUUUAGUAUGUAUAUAUGUAUGAACAUGAUAUGAGAUUUUUGAAGAAUGGACUGCAAUCUGGAGAUGUGAAAAAUGUGUACUAUUUUACGGCUCCAUCAAACCUUUUCAGUAAGAAGUAAUGUAAUUCCUGAUGAAAUUUGAUGUGUUUUAUUCUUCAUAUUUAUGAAAACAUCUUUUCAUUGUUCCAGAUACAAUCUGAAAUAUAAUAUUCAUUUCUUCAUUAUGCAGCUUUUGCUGAGGAUAAAACUGAAAUGUGAAUAUAAGUCUUGCACAAAAUUGUAUUUCAAUGUUAAAUAUAAAGUUGCUAUCUUUCAUGAUGUGAGCAGUUGUUUUCCUUAUGCAUGCAUGUUCACCUUUAUUGUGAGAAAAAAAACAACUAAUGUGAAAGUGACAGUGUGGACUACACAAUCAUUAAGUAAUCAUCAUUGUUUAAGAGGAAUUGUGCGUUUGUGGCAUCCUACUAUACAUGACCGAACAAACUAUUGAUUCCUUUCUAUAUUUAGGUUUGUCAAGGAGGAAAGACUGACCCUAGCCUCGCUUCUCUCUCUCUCUCUCUCUCUCUCUCUCUCUUCCGAUUUCAAAGCAAACACGUGUUAACAUACCUGACCUACUUCUGCACUGCUUAGCAAUUUCCUGAUCAGGGCUUGAUUGGUAUUUUGAUUUGUGUGCUUUUAUUUGGUGUCCCACUAUUUGAGACAAUGUUAAAACAAGUUUUAAAAUAUAAGGCCAUUUAAGUGUCUGUGGUAGCAAAACAUUUAAAUAUUAAGCUAAGAAAAUACAGCCAUACUUAGUCUUCCACAUCUUUUGAUGCUGUUGACCUCUUCCACGUGCUUUAGUAUAACUGUAUAGUUUUGCUUGACAGAGUCAGUUAGUUGUGAAAUGUUACAAAUGUAAUAUUUCUGUUGGAUCUGUUUUCAUCAUCCUAAUGUUUAGCUGAACGUAUAUGGCUAUUUUCAUAUUAAAAGAAAGCUACAAAUGCCAUCUCAAUCAGGAGACAAAAAAUAUUUGAUUUUAAACAUUCCAACGAGGGUGGCAUGGUGGCGUAGUGGUAGCACUGCUGCCUCGC